AUGCCCCCUGUUGGUCCUUUGAUUGUCGUGAUGGUCUCCACUUUCGGCAUCUACCUCAUUGCAUCGUUACUCUAUUGGGAUCCUUGGCACAUCUUCUCCAGUUUCUUCCAAUACCUAUGCUUGGCUCCAAGUUUCACGAAUAACCCGGCUUUGAUUGACAUGCCGAGAGAAAGGACUCUGGCUCAACACAGUGCAGCACUACUUCAGCUUUCUGCUGAUAUCGGGCCUCCUGUCGAGAAGGAGGAUGGUAUGACUGAAGAAGAGAUUGAGGCGGUCGAUGACUAUAAAAAGGCUUUGUCUCACCAAAUCGAGUUGACCGAGAAUCUGAAGAAACAAAUCACUUGGACUCCGCUCUCAUUUGUAUCAGCUUCCACUGACGUUGGGAGACAGGUGAUCACAGAUGCACCUUGGUAUUCGACUCAACUGGCUUCUGAAUUCCCUCUGGAUUUGUCCAUUUCUCCCCUACCAAAUGGGCCACCUCCGACUUCUAAAAAGGUCGCAUUGCCCAGCACUCCCAAGUCAUGUACCAUCCUCGCUAGCGAUGGCAAUGAAUGGACUGAAUGGACUGUCAGUCAACAGGUGAAUUCCUCACCAGCUCAAAGAGAGGCAAAUUUGCAACACAUCAAGAAGAACAGGCACCGUGUCGAGGAGAGUGCUACUGGAGAUUGGAGUGUGAAGCAACCUGAUGACUCGCUUCCUAUCAAGACAAUAAAAACAGAAGAAGUGGUGGUCGAGGAGUCGCAUAAUCAAGAACAGACUAGCAGUCUCCUUGAGGAAGGAACAUCUGCACGAUCUACCACAACGUCGAUUAUCAGUGAGUCCGUCGUUUCUCGUUCAAGUUCAGACCACGCUGAUCUCAAGUCAUUGCCCACCAUUCGAUCAUCGCCAAUAACAACACUUGUUCACAUUUCGAUCGAGAAGACUAUUCUAUUCACAAAUGUUCACAACCCAUACCUCUCUUCAAUCUCAACACUAAUCCCUGCCCCCGCGACCGUGACCUAG